UCUGUACUACGAUCGACAUGUCACUGACACACUUAAUUAUUGUUAUUAUAGUUUUAGAUGGAGUCAUCUGUCUUCCUAGAAGGUUCUUAUUCCAAGAUGAUCGAUGUGCCCAGAACCCAGAAAAUGGCCAAACCAGUAUUCGCCAUCCUGACAAUGCGCCAGCUGAUGAUAAUGUAGACAUGCACUGUAAAAACGGCAGUAUCAACUGGAACUACCCGAUUGGCACCAUCAACCUCCAUUUCAAUGACGAGUGCGACUUCACUGUCUGUUUUCUAGACGAGAUAGGCGCUGGAGUCCUAGAACUUUCGGACAUAACAUCUGGAGUACCCAAGAUGUUUCCAACACUAUUUCAUGGAGAUGAUCCGGAGAAGGAAUACUGUUUGGGGUCGGUGAACAGUAAUCUAGUCAUCAAGAUGCACGCUCCGUUCCACGCGUACAUGGCUUCCUUUUCUUAUCAAUUACGAUAUUGAAAUAAAUCAAUACUACAGU